CCGGAAAAGCACAACGGCAGCUCGUGGUAGCUGAAUAGUUUGAAUUUAUUCUGUAUUGUCUUAUUUUUGGACCAGAAUGUUGUGCCCAGAAAUAUGGAAGUUUCCUACCCCAGCGUGCAAGAUUACACACAUAGACAAGCCGAACUGGUGUCAGAAAACGUGCAAGCAGCGAACGGAAAUCCUUGCCCUACUACAGCCGAUCCGCAUGAUUUCAGUUGUGAUUCCUGCCAAAAAACCGAACUGCCUCAGUGAAUUGGAAAGCAGCCUAUCUGUGAACAGCAGCUUACUCUUUCGCGUACGGCAAUUGCCCUUGAUAGAGUUACUGAAAAAUGAGUUCGUGGAGGCAUUUGUUAAACGAGGCACUUUAUAUGCGGUUAGCACAAACAUCAACUUGGAAUCUGGCGGCUGCCUUGUAAUUACACCGCAGGGAGAGUUGGAAAUGAGUCUCAGUCGAGAAACAUAUCAGAUGGUGAAAGGCAAUCUUGAUGGUAGUGUUAUUUCGCAAAGAGGACGUAUGGUCGUUAUCAAGUUGGAUUUGAAGUCACCAAAAUGUAGAGAGCAGCUGGGGCAUGUCAACCUUGCAUUCGAUAUAACGCUACGAUGGAUUCCUCCGAAAAGUACGACUGCCAAGGAGAACAACGUACCCGAUCCUCAAGUGCACGGUAGCUCGAUUGCCGAAUAUCUGCGAGCAGUGUGCCGACUGCAGGUUGAAAAUGUGCCCGAUGGUUAUAAAAAGAUAACACGAAUCAAGGAAUGCAUUCCCCUGAUCGACACCAGGAACCCAUUUAAGGAUGGUGAGCAAGCAUACAUUAGGCAAGACCAACUGUUAGAGUACAUAGGUGUACUUGCACUCGACUGUAACUCGGCUCCGAUCGAAUAUGUUAGUAGUUACAGGCUCGACGAGUGCAAGAAAAAAACAGACACCGUUACAAUAUUGCAUCGCCAGGGUGUGAUAACGCCGGAAGAGGCAGACGGCAGUAUCAUGCGGUUAGUGGAGCUCGUUGGUGAGUGUGAUACUAUUCCGUGGGUGGGAAUGCAUGUACAAGGCUUCUCCUAUACCCCAGUGGACCUUAUCUAUCGCGGUGAUCAGGGAGUGUCUUUGAAUCAGGACAGUGCUUAUACGAUGGUGAUUACGAAACAAAGCAUAUUUUGGAGCAAAUGUAUAUGAUACAGUAUGUUUUUGAGCUGCGCGAUUUUUCAAAUUUGACUGAUCAAUUGUCAAAUCAGUACAAUUUGCAAAAAAAUUACAUUUUAGCUAGAAAAUUAAAUUCGCUUAAAAGCCAGAAAGAUCGGAAUUUUCUACACGAAUCGUGAUAUUUAAAUGAUAAAGCGUACUGGUUUCAAACCAAAAAUACCGAGCAAUCGAAUGUAUUUUAGCUGAAAAAAAAACGUGAAAUUCGACAUACGUCAGUUACGCGGAUUCCUUGCCCUGACUGUUUUGUGUCUAACUAAGCCUGAGCAGGGCUAAUUCUAUCUAAUUGCUGGAUUGCUAAAGAUGUCGAAAGGCAACUGCGAUCGUGGGAUCGUUUUGGUUCUCACGGCAGCUCGUUGGUACCACGCAGGUCCUGGUGUCUCGUUCCGUACGCUGCAGUCCGGUGUCAUCCGAUGCUUUGCAAUCCAAGCUGGAUUCGUCUGGUUGGCAUGUGCAGGUGCAUAGGUGCUAACUGACUGUACAUAUUGUCCAACAAAGUAACUGUUUAUAUCUUCUUCUUCUUAUUUCCGUAACGAAGUAGCCGUAUAGUCUUUCUUAUAGUAUGAUUGUUCUUUAUCUGCAAUUUGCAAUGCUAUUCUCCGAGAUAUGCUGUGUUCGAGUGUGCGAGAGUUGGUUACAAAGUUUCGUAUGAAAAAAAAGCAGAGUUGUGUACCCAAACCGCAAACCUGCAAACCGCUGCUAUUGUUUUAGAAGCCGUUUCUACAUUUUUGAACCUAUCUAAAUAGUCAUCAACAUAAUGAUGUUAAUAAUAGCGAAUAAUAGAAGCUAAAAAUAAUUAUUUUAAGCAGGUUCUGUAUCUGCGAAUUCCAAGGCGUGAAUUUAAGGAGAUUCCUUCGUUCAUUGUUGCUGCAUCGCAAACCAAUCUUAGUUUUGGAUUAGGAAUAUUGUAGUUUACUACCGAAAAGAGUGGUAUAUAAUUAAUAUUUUCGUUUGAUUCAAGAGGCUCUUUCGGAGUUGCUUUCCGAGCAUAGCUUUUUUGAAUGUAGGAUUUUAUUUCAUUAGCAUACUAAGUUUUAAGUGCAUAGUUUUUCUUCAUUUAUGCUUCUUGACUUUUUAAUCGUUUUAUCGAGCUUGUCCGUAACUGUUAGGAAGGGUUGGAAUAUUAGUUUUCCAUAAUAACCCUAUCUCGUAUCAGUUUUCUUGAGCGUAUCGCGCAUUACUUUUAAAGUACGAUCGUUCUUAUUCGACAUACAGGGUUUCCCACGAUUUAUUGGUUGGUUCCCAUCAAUUUUUGGUGGAUUCCCAUAUCUUUUUGGUGCGUUCCCACGUUUUUUUUUGCCGUUUCCUAGAAUUUUUUGGUCCAAUUGUAUUGAUAUCCAAUCAGACGGUGCUAGGCCUAGGGCCUUUUGUUACGCUAACUUACCUUUAACGUUAUUUUAGAUUAGGAGCAGGACAAAUGAAAUCCAAAAAUAAGAAAGAAAGGAGGAGAGAAAAAAAUAUAAAAAAGUGAAAAACUGAAAAGAGUGCCCUUAGAAGGGGAGAACCUGAUGUUGCGCAUUUUUCUUUAAGGCGUUCUGUUAUAACAUAUCCAAUUUCAUCUAUUGGAUGUGUACUGGUUUUUUCAUAUAACUCAUCAAACCUGGUCCUGUAGGGGGCAUUCGCAAUUAGUCGCAAAAAUCGGUUCAACCCUAUUUGAACCCUGCGGAUGUUGGUUGGGGCGCUACUUUUCCAAAUCGAGCUACUGUAAGUUGCCAUGGGAAAAACUAUUUGUUUAUAGAUCGCAUUCUUGUUCUUCUGGCAAAGGCGAGAGCUGCGAUUCACUAGAGCAGCUGUGUCAAACUCAUUUCAUCAGAGGGCCGCAAGUACAGAUUUUCAGUGAUUCGCGGGCCGCAAAUGUGAGAAU